CAUUUUGGGAGUCAGGGUAUGAGAAAGCGAGUGAAAAUCACCACGGGUCCACGCAUUUUGUGGCCCUAAUAUGGUUCACACGUGCGUGGUGGCUGGCUGUCGGAACAGAAGAACCCCCGGGACCGCUCUGUCGUUUUAUCGCUUUCCUCGCGACCCAGAACGGAAACAGCGUUGGAUAGCCGCUGUGAAUAGAGAGGGCUGGGUGCCAAACGACGGCAGUAGACUGUGUAGUACCCACUUCAUCUCAGGUAAACAAGUGAAGAACCCCAGGUCUCCAGAUUAUGUUCCGUCAGUCUUCUCUUCCACUACUCCCUUGUCUGACAGCAACAUGAAGGAGGCCAGCACGUGUGAGAUGUCCGACAAGCAAGAGGCCCAGGUGGAGGCUGCCAACGCUCUGCUCUUCCUCCAGGGCCAGGGUCGCUUCUCUGGGGGCGAGCAAGCCCAGCACCAAGAACGAAACUCGGACGGCAAUGACGCUGAGGAGGCCGAGACCACGUCAUCCUCCAUGAGCAGCGAUGAUGACGACGACGAUGACGAGGAUGAUGACGAAGAUGAAGAGGACAGCGAUGACGAGACGGGCCAGAUGACCGACUGUCCAAAGGCCAAAGUGGACAGCCUUUGCCCCAACAGGAGCGCUGCUCCGUCCUCCUGCCUCGUGGACUAUGAGGCCAGCCUGAAGGCCCUGCGGCGGGAGAACCGGGCGCUGAGGGAGUCCAUGGAGAAGAUGUCCCUCACGGAGGCGUCCCUGCGCAACGACGCCGAGAAGGUCAGCUUCUACACGGGGCUCCCCAACUACUUUGUCUUUGAGACGGUCAUGUGGCUCCUGGCGCCGCACAUGAAGGGCGGUGAGAAGACCUCCACGCUGACCAAGUUCCAGCAGCUGCUACUGACGCUCAUGCGUCUCCGCCUGGACCUGCGCAACCAGGACCUGGCCUACCGCUUCGGGGUCAAGGUGGCCACGGUGACCCGCACAGUGCACCGCGUCAUCAACAUUAUGUCCGCCACCCUGGUGCCCACCGCCGUCUUCUGGCCGUCCCGCGCCGAGCUGCGGAAGAACCUUCCGGCCGCCCUGAGGGCCACGCACCCGGACUGCGCCGUCAUCAUCGACUGUUUUAGGGUGUCGCUGGAGAGGCCGCUCGAACACCACCACCACCCCCACACUACAACUACUGCUGCUACUGCUGCCGUUUCCACCGCCACGGGGGAUGAGAUGCACUACUCUGCGAGGGCGACCAUGGGGGGCGCCAGCGAGCUGAAGUACCUGAUCGGCGUUGCGCCGCAGGGCGUGGUGACGUUCGUGUCGCGGGGCUCGCCGGGUGGCGUGAGCGACAAGUGCCUGGCGGAGGGCUGCGGCUUCCUGUGCAAGCUGCUCCCCGGCGACGUGGUGCUGGCACACCACGACCUGGACAUCGGCGAGUCGGUGGCGGCACGCGGUGCCCAGCUAAAGGUCACCGGGUCACGGUCUGGUCAAGGUCACUAUAGCCAUACCCCGACUCACACCACCCACACCCACGUCGAAGGUUACCCAGAAUGCAGCCGCGUCCCCUGGGCUGCAGCCACCGGCGUUGCCAGCAACAACAACCACCACCACCAUCACCUCCAUAGCAGCAACGGCUUGACCCCAGACAGACUGGUCGUCCACCAGCAUGUGGAGAAGGUCAUCUCCAUGGUGAAGAAGCGCUACGCCAUCCUCACGGGCCCCGUGGAGAGCCCCUUUGUCACCACGGUGGACCGAGCCUCCCGCAUGACCACCUUCGACAAGAUUGUGCAGGUGGCCUGUGCCUUGAACAACCUGUGCAUCUCCGCAGCACCGCUGGAGUGACUGACUGACUGACUAAUUGGCUGAUGCUGUCUGUCUAUCAACUUGGGCUGCUUUUUUCUCCAAAAACACACUGUCACUACACACUACUACACACCACACUACUACUAAAGCCUAAGUACAUAAGUACUUAAGUAUGAGACUCCCCCCUAGUCAAUAUAGGAAUAGGCCACACAGCAUCAGUUAAGAUUUAUACAUACACUACUUUACCUUGCACGUGCACUAUGCGCAAGCAUUUUAUGAGCUUGUGCGAGGAAAUAGUACAUGUGUAGAUUUUAGUGGUAUGAUGCCUGAUGAGUGGUAUGAUUCAUGAUGUAUUGCCCAGGGGAUGCCGCAUACCUUAGUACUCACUCACUUAAGUGUUUUUGGGAGUCAUAGCUCAGGCCACAGUCUAGCCCAGACUUCCCCCCAGCACCACCCUCCUCCUCUUCCUCCUCCUCUUCCUCAUCCUUCUCCUUGGCACCAGUUCCUGUUACCUGCAUAUUCUUCCUGCAAACAAAGAGAGGCACUUUUGUGUUUUGAUGUUUUGUUAUCACGGUUCUUUUUUAAUUUGUUAGUUAGUUUUUGUAAUGCUGAACACACUCACGCACUCAUCUCUCAAACAUUUAAUGUUGCAUUAUCACAAGGUUUUUUGGGGGGGUUUGGGGGUUUUCAGCACUUGAAGGACCAGGCUAUCCACACUGUUGUGGUUCAGUGCAUGACAGUUAUUGGAUUGAGCACCACGCUCUACUGUAUCAAGUCAUAUUGUAGCUUUUUUGUAGCUGUGCCAGGGGCAGUACCACAGCUCAUGGAACUGAAAUAUGUACAAUUUUUUUUGUUUUUCGUCUUGUUUUGGGUUGGACGGGGACAUUCCAUGCAUACUUUGCAUUCAAACAGCCAGACUCUGCAUGCUGAAUAACAAGGGACACCUUCAACAACAGCAAAAGUGCUUUGGGCCAAAGCGCCUCGGUCUGUGAGGUCCAAAGACGAUGAUGAUGGUUGUGAUGAUGAAGAGGAUGGUGAUGAUUAGUGCAAUUUACCAGGGAGUAAAGUCUGGAUUUCAGCGGUACUCAGGUGCUAGUGCCUUAGGUUCUGUAAUGCUGAUGUAAAAGGUUAUCAAAAAAAAGGUUCACGUCUUUGAAAAGAUGAUGUAUCUUUUUUCUAUAUUAUAUUUUUGCAUCAAAAGCGAGAUCAUUGAGUGUUCUCUCUCCAAAUGCUGUCUUGUAUGUAACCAUAGAUAUUGCGCAAUUGUUAUUUACAACAAGCUUCUGCUACUGUUUUAAAGCAAGGCGUUUAUUACAAGGUAUUUCUGUUAUUUUUUUUACAGCAUCAAGUUUUGUUAUUACGAUAAACACUGAGUAUUUAAUCUCUUCAGAUGUAACAGCUCCUGUGUGUGUGUGUGUUUGAGAGAGAGAGAGAGAAUGAUUGUAUGUUGUGCAUGUUAUGGCACUUUGCCUCGAGGUUUUUCUUUAAGGCCUGUGAUUUCCAUGUCUGUUUGCAUGUUUGUCAAACUUUGUUUUAUAUUUUGUUAAUGACGAUACAAUGGACAAGCUGUUCAAACUUUAUAUGUCUUUUUUUGUCAACACUGACUCAAUUGUUCAUACUUUUAAGAUGGUAAACACAGCACACAUCUAUCUCACUUUUUAUGUUAUUAUCAAACUAUGUAAAACAAAAUUGUGCCAGAAGUACUGUUCAUCUUGUAUUUGCCAAGGUUCGAGGUUCUGUCAUGUACCAUCCUGGUUCGACGAGUAAUCAAGGCCAUUAAUAUCUGUCCAUAAACUGUUCCCCUCACA